AGUAAAUUUUAUCCUGAAGUAAUCCGCGUUGCAAAGAACGUGACUUUUGCAAAACUCUUCCAAUUUUUAAUUACAAUUUCGAAAAGGUGCGUCCGUAGAGGACGUCACUCACGUAUUUUACGCUUAGAUUACACUUUCCUUUUAAAUGAGCAAUGCGUUUGUUCCCCUGAAGAACGAAGCGGCUGUUUCUCUGUGACAGAACUCGUUGCUCCUUUCAAUGCAACGGCGUGUUUCUUGACUAAUCUCUUCCUUGAGAAGUAAACACGAGGAUUUGAACACUUCAAAAUGGGUGCCAUUGUUUCUCAUCGAAAAGAAGCUCGAAGAAUAACAAGGGUGGAGCAGAAAGCAAUGUAAGUUUUAUUUCAUUUAACACGUAUUUGAUUGUGUACUCAUGUACGUAGUUUGCAUGUUUACAAACUACAAAGUGACACACAGUGAGACUGUUAUGUAUAUAUUUAAGAACUUCCACAGUGAAGACAGAACAUUUCAGUUUCUAACUUUUACCUAAUUUGUUCUUAUUAAAUUCAUGACAGAGCGGUCAAUGCUUUUUCUACAACCAUAAAAACAGAUGAACAGUCAAAAGAAGAGGAGAAAGGUACAGGGAAGUCUUUACAGUACUAGGAAAAGCGAUCUAUGUAUAAAAUCCCCAACUGUGUUUGCGUAAAACGUGUAAGAGAUUAGCCCUGUUUGACAAUCCUGGGUUUUCAGGCCAAUAUGUCAGUUUAUGUUUGCGACAAUCAUGUAAACAACGACUUAAAUUGGAGUGUCCAAACUGGAUUCUUGUGAAUCUAUCUAUUUAUUAUCAUUCAUGUUUCGUUUAAAAUAAUGACAAAUUGAUUGAUAAAUAGAGGCUUCAAAUUUUCUUGCAAAUUGUCCUGCAAUUUUUCCUGGGGUUAAUGUCACUAUCUGCUCUUUGAAAACCCCAUGAAAAGUCACGCAACCUAAAUAGGAUAGUGUAAUAAUAAGGGACACAGCCCUGUGGCAGGUAACUAGCCACUACGGGUUAUGGCACAAAUGAAACAAAGGUGGGGUAGGAUGAGCAUUUGUAGACAGGCACACAAUAGAUUAAGAUACUUUUAGCCAAGAAAGGCUUCUGUUUAUAGCUAUAACAAUAGAGACUGUUCAUUCAUAGAAUGCAUCACAAAAUUACUAAAAAACAAUCAAGCUUUCAUGUCGGGCAGACUUACUCAGCCUACCCCCCUUAGGCCUUCUGUUCCAUUAUUAACUGCAUUAACUAUGUGGUAAAUGUGUUAAAUAUACGGUGAGAUAAGUGUUUUAUUCACAUAAUUUUGCAGCUGCAACACCUGUCCAGCAGCCAGCACAUGAAGGAAGCCCUGCAACAGCUCGGAGCAGAACUCCAAGCAUUGCUGUGGCGUCUUGGGGUGAAGGGAUUGUCGGCACAUCAUCACAUGCCCUUCAUAGUAAGGGUGUGGUAUCAUCAAGGGGUGUACAGCAUGAGGUCAAAUCAAGCAAAGACAUGUACCCUAUGCAGAAGCCCAAUACACCUGAUCCAAACAAGAACAAUGAACUUGAUACAAGUUUCGCAAGAGUCUGUCCAAUAACACCACAAUCAAGGACAGAAAAAGCAGCUGUUACCAUUCAAAGGUACACCCUAUCUUUGUAAUUAAACCCAGUUCACUCAACUUUUAGCGGGUAGCAUUUGUGAGUUAACUAUUCUCUCUUUAGUGGUGGGUGGUUGGAGCGGAUCUGAAGGGAAGUUUUGGGUCACAGAAUUUAGUUUUUGGGGGAUAUGAUUAAACUGCAGAAAAUUUUUGGAAUUAAAAUGGCUAAUCAAUAAUGCAUUAAAUUUUGCUCCUAUUCAUUCUUAUUAUAGUUAAAUGUCCUGUUAACAAAAUCAUGCCAUCAAAUCUCUUGUAGGCCACUAAAUGUUAUUAAUAUUCUGGCUUAAAUUCUCAUUUAAAGACAUAAUUCCAGUAAGGAAAAGAUAGCACUUAUCCUACAACAUAGAAAAGUUAACGUACAAGUGUAACAUUAUGAUGUUGGUUUAAUUAAGUCUAAUUCUGUUACAGACAUAUCAGAGGGUAUCAGUCCAGGAAGCAUCUUGAACAGCAGCAACAGUCAGCUAAAAUUAUUCAACGGUAUUAUUUUGCUUUUCUACAUACAGUAUCUCAACAAUAGAAUAAUACUUUACUCUCAUUUUAAUUGAUUUAGGGCAUUUAUAGACAAAUAGUUUCAGUUGUAAAGCAUAAUGAGAUUAAUUGCAGCAAGCUGAGGAUAUAGCCCAAAGAAUUCCAACUUAAACGAAGCUGGGAAUGAGUAGAGAUCUAAUCGAAUUCAUCUUCUUUUUGGGGAGAGGGGGGGGGAAGAGUAUCAGCCUCAGCACAGGGUGUAUCUGGGGAAAAAAAGACUCUCACCUUCAUAGUUAUAAUUCCUUAGAGAAUUAAUGGGGAGAAUUUGUAAAAGAAUCAAAGCAUUUUCCCUUAGGUGAUCAUUGAUAUUGUUAUACAGCACACUCUUUCAUUGGUUACUUCAAGGUCACAUGACAAUUCUUACAAUGAAACUGUUUCCCGCCAAAAUCCCUGAGUAGGCAACAUUGCAAAAUCUAUGAUGCCAGAGGGUAAUAGUGCACUGUUACCCGUGAAUGUUGACCAAUGACCAUCAUUACAGCAAGGAUUAAUGAAUUUUCAGCUUCAAAAUUUCCAGCUACAUACAUGUAACAAAUCGCUUAUGAUUUAUUGAUUCACAUUAAUUUUUGUUUCCCUAGCUCAAAUCUCAAUGUUUCCCCUCGGUGGGGAACCAGUCAUUAGGUGUUUAUUAUUAUGAGCAAAUUGAUGUUUCCUCUUAGGAGUUAAAAAUCAUUUGAAUUGUACACCUGUACAUUACAAACGUUACUACAUUGUCAGCAUUACCUUAAUUCUAGGAGAUACCGAAAGUACCAGAAUACUAAAGAAAACACAGAUGACCUUACUCAGCCUUCAGAAACCACAAAGGAAAAUGAUAAUGAUGGUGAUAGUAGUGAGAAUGAUGAGGACACAAAAAGAAGACAAGAAUACAGAAAGCCUUGGAGAGAAUCAACUGUUGCUGCACCUGUUAUUGACACAGAUGUCAAGAUUGGUGAAGAUUUUUUUACAUAAUUCAGGCCGCCAACUUUACCAUAAUUAAACUUUUUGAUAUGUUAUUAUUAUAAGUAGCUACUAAAAUGGGCGAUUCCAGAAAAUAUCCAUACCAUACCACGGACGGCUUUUAGGAUUUCCGAUUGGGAGGCGGGGUUCACGAUUAUGGAAUUCUGAGGGCAUGGGGGGUAUUUACGAUUGGAAAUCCGAAGGCAUGGGGGAAUUCCACAGGUGGGAUUUCUGGAGUAGAAAGUGUAGAGUGAGUUCCUUGAAAACGCUGUUGUUGUGGACUUUUGUAGUUCGUAAAUAAACCACGAACGUAUGACCGCGGAAGCAGAAGACAAGCAUCGAUAGAUCAGACACGUGUUUACGCUCAUAACUUAUAGAAGUGAACAGUAAAACGUGGGUUUCACAUUAACCUUGAUGAAUGUCUUGUGACAUGAAAAAAAAACGGAAUAUGUAUCUUACUGCUCGCAAGUUUCUUGUUACUCCCGUCCGAUGAACAGUAAAAAAACUCGCACCAGUCCCUGGCUUCCAAGGAACGCCUGUCAGAUUAGAACACUUUUCGAACACUUCGACGGUAUAUUUGGCCACCGAAAGAUUUUAACGGUCUGAAUUUGAGCUAUUUUGCUUUGUAAAAGUCAAAACAGCACAAGAAAACAAAGAGGAGUAAAAUUGCCGUUAGUGGUGUUUAUUUUUAUUGCCAAAUUCGGACCUAAAAAGGAGUUUGCACAGCCUGUCUACUAGCGGUAGGUUAGAGUCUGAAAGCUUGUCGCCUGGCGCCGCUAGAUCACAGCCUUGAGGAGGCAUAAAGUCAUGUUCGUUUGUUCAUAUAGGCGUUGCUAAGUUGAAAAUGUACUUCCAAAAAAACGGAAAUUCUGAAGGGGAGGGGGGGUUCACGAUUAUGGAAUUCUGAGGGCAUGGGGGGGUAACGCAUUUUGGAAUUUCCGAAGGCAAGGGGGGGAUAAAACAUGGAAGCCGUCCGUGGUGGGGUACAGUACUUACCCGCUUAUAAGAACCUGUAUUUAAGAACCUGUUAGCCUAAAAUUCUCAAUUUAGACCCCAUUUACAUAAGAACCUGUUUAGCCUAAAAUUUGAAACAGGUUCUUAUUUCAUGGAAAAUGUUUCAGUUAUAACUUCUUCUGUCAAAAAAAAACAUUUUAUUCAGGCACAUGGACAGAAGUAUAUAUAUACAUAUCUAUUUCAUUGGAAUAUAUUAAUACAUGAACUUUUAGUUUUAGCUUGAUACUGAAUGUAUCUACUAAAAUUGGUCAUGCCUGUGUCAUUAAAUUAAUAUAUAUUCCACCUUUCUACCAUUUACAGAUGUAUAAUAUAUUUCUCAUUAUAUAAGAACCUAUUUAAGACCCUCUGUAGCCUAAAAUUCCACUAAACACCAUUUACAUAAGAACCCGUUUAGGCUAAAUCUGAAAAAAUAGGUUCUUAUAAGCGGGUAAGUACUGUAUGGAUAUUUUCUGGAAUUGCCCAAUCUGAUAAAUCUAACUAAUCUCCGGGUUGCUAUUAGCAUGCACUGCACAUAAGUGGCCAGCGUUCAUUUAGACUUCCACUAAGAAUGAAUGGAAUGCAAAGAACGAAAUCUGAUCAGGUGCAUGUGAACUUUCUAUCACUUGUAAUCUCAUCACACGUGUUUCCACCUUCUAUAUCGUAUGAAACUUAUGCAAAGCACGGAGUUGGAGUAACAACAUUUUUACCUUUUUUGAUCUUGCCUGCACUCCCUACAUACAGCUCUUAGGCCAGUGUGGAUCGAACAAUACUAGAUAUGGUCAUGUUGCAUAAAGUGUAGUUAUUGUUUGUUUUUAGUUUUUUGGGGUCAUAAAGGAGUCAUAAGGAGACAAAAGCUAGUGUGGCCUUUGUUUUGAAAACUUAAAUUUGUCAUUGUACAAUUAUUGUACAGUGGACAAAUUUAGGUUUUCAACUUAUUUAACUUUUUACUUUUAUUUUAGACUUGCGCACUAAGCAAAAUUUGCCAUCACCCAAUUUCUGUACUCAUUUUACAGGUGACAAAACAAAAGAAAGCUUUGAUAUGUAUCAAGAAGAUAUCACAGACUUGAAAUGGAAAACAGAGCAACAGGUACAUGCACACUUUUUGAACAGAAUGACAUCAAGGAAUUGUUAGAAUCUGAUUAUAUUAUCUUAACAUUAACCUAGUGAAUGUCAGUUGCUGUUCUCCAUACAUUGUGUUUUCUUGAUUUUCAGUUGGAAAUGACAACCAUGGGAGACAACUAUGUUCCUCCUAGAAUAGUGGUAGGUCGACAUUGGCACACUGUUUCUAUCAUCAUCAUGAGAUCGACAUCGUCAUCAUUAUUAUUGUUAUUAUUACUUAGUUAAUUCACACAAUUAUACCACUUCAUAAGAAAUUUCUGCAAUUUGAUUGGCUUAGAGCAGUGGUAUUUCAGCUUAAUUUGAAAUACCUACAUGUGAAAAUUACAAUCCUUUCGCGGGUAGUAGUAGAAGCAAAUAAUAGCAUGAUUUGUACGUGAUAUUUGGCAUAAAUACCACUUGUGAUAUUUCAAAAUUCUCUCGAAUUUAACUCGCCUAACGGCUUGUGAAAUUACAUAUAGCAAUUUCGAAAUAUCACUUGUGGUAUUUAUGCCAAAUAUCACUACAAAUCAUGCUAUUACCUAUACUAAUUAUUUAAUUCGAAUUCUACACCAUGCAUAUUUAUUGUGUCAAGAAAACUGAGAAUCACUACUUCCUCCUUAGCCUGUGAGAGCAGACGUCUUUUUUGGACAAAAUAGGAACCGAAAGAGAGUCUGUCUGCUCUUGCAGGCUACUUCCUUCUGCCGCAAGCAUCCCUAGUAAGCUUUGAUAGUAUAAGUUAUGGAGUCACAUUUUUUGUAGCAUUUUACGUUGUUACACUUAACCACUGCUUUUCUAGAAAUUAUUGUACAAGUCAUGUAACUAAUUCUAAUUAUUAUUGAAAAUACACGUACACUGUAAGUUAAUUACAGUUCAUUUUAAAAGGGGAGGGCAAUAAUGACUAGCUGACUAUCAUUAUUUUGUUACAGUCAAACCAGGUCAAGCGUUCCCGUCGCUAACAAACUAAUGAAUACAUUAAUGGAAAAAUGAUUUCGUUUGUUGAUUCAAUAAUCCAUUCAUAAAAUGAAUAAUCCAACAGUCAAAUUGGACCUCGAUUCAAUAAUCAAAUGUUGAUUUGGUUUAUGAACAAAAUCUACCUGUUCUUUAUUCUUGUCUAUUGUGUUCAAUCGUAUUUGCUUCCUUUUUCCUACCGUUUACGAUUGCGUUUUUCAUUGCCUUUAAUCAAAAUAACAGCUAGAAUAGACAGACCGCAAACGCAAAGAAACUAUGAGAAACUGACAAAGGCCGAGGAUCGAAAUCCACCAAUCCCCGCACAUACACUGACCUUAGUUUGACCGUUGUGUUUUCUAAGAGGUCAGGCCUAGGUCUGUUGCACUGAUUACUGGCAGCAAACUGGCGUACAUGUAACAGUUUGUUUGGGUUUGAACUUCAGAACUCGCCAGCACUCGACUCUCAGAAAAAAAAGAGGAAAAAACAAAAUUCUGAGGUCAACUUGUGGAAAGUGUAGUUUUUCAAAAAACAGUAAUCGAAUCAACAUUCGAUUAUGGAAUCGAGGCUAAAUAUGACUAUUGGAUUAUUCAUUUUAUGAAUGGAUUAUUGAAUCAACAAACGAAAUCAUUUUUCCGUGAAUGAAUUCAUUAGUUCGUUAGCGACGGGAACGCUUGACCUGGUUUGACUGUAAUUCUUUGUCUGGAACCACAUUACAAGGUGGCCAUGUUGGGGGUCAAUACAGAAAAAAUGCUAUUAAAAAUAGAGUUUAGUUCCCAGAGGAGAGAAAUUCUUUUGUUCUUGACCAGCGACAUGGCCGCUAUGUCAUUACGGCAAACCAGCAAUACAUGAUUUGCUCACUGGGCACACUUGUUAGUUGACUUGUGAUAUUUUCGGGUAAUGUCAGUAAUGUUGCUUUUUAAUAGUAAUGGUUAAUUAUAAAAAUGGCAAUUAAAUUGUUGAAAGGAAAUUUUAAAUGUUACUAUUCAAGGUUAUUGCAUCAAAUGUGCCAAGAGCAGAUGUGCUUGAGAAGAUUGUCCAAGAUGACAUCCUCCAGAUAACUUAUGUAAGUUAAUUAAGUAAAUAAAUUAUAUAUCAAUAAUAAUCUUACAAAGUUAAUAUAAAUUAAUAUUAAUAUCAUAAAUUUACAUGUGGAUGAGUUGUUUUCCCUCCCAAACAUGCAUAUGGAAUAAUGAUGAUGACUGAAGAAGUAAAAAGUGAAUCGGCUGAUUAAUUUGCUUUGAACAUAAACAAUGUGUUUAUUUUUAUAGGAUUUUGCAACAGCAACACUACCAGAUGUUUUAGGUAAGAUACCGAACUAUAAAAGUAAUGUUUAUAUCUAAGAGCAUUAUUACACCUGUAUGAAACACCUGUAUUACACGUACAUGUACAUUGGAUCAAUAGACAGAACUGCCAAGUAAUGUUCUUUAUAAUGCAUAAUUAUUUCAACAGAUAGAAUUGUAGCUAUACUUGAAAAGUUUCAAAGCAAGAGUAAGGCAAGAUCAAUAGCCUUUGUUUGCCAGGUAUGGCAAUUUGCACACAAAUUAAGUAAUGGUCCAGAUAAGAAGGAAAGGACCAAAACGCAGUUAACACGUCGGAAUGCAAAAAGGUGCUAACUUUACUGGUAUAUAUUGUCUCUACUUAAAGGUUUUGAUUGGUUUAAACAUCAAAUUUUAAGAAAUCUCCGCAAAACAGCAUGUAUAUUAAUCCCUUUUUUUCUAUCCCACUUCCUUAUAACAAAUUCUCGUCUGAGUCUAAGUAACACAGAAAUCGUAUGUGCAGAUCAUGUUAAAUUGUGAGCAUUUCUUGGCCAUUGUUUGCAACUCUUGUGAUUGGUCGAAAUGUUUUAACACAAAAAUACACCCUUUAAAAGCGGAGUUUAAAUACAUUUUUUUUCGUAAACUGCCUUUUUGUAGGUUUAUGCAUUCUCUGCGUAAAAAUGAAAACAUUUCUAUGCUAGGAAAGCAUAUUGCGCUACAACAAAAGAAAUUGCUUCCCUUCUUACCUGGAUCAUUACUUAAAUAAUAACUGUUACAGUUUUAGCUGCACCUGCUCUGAGAGCACUAACUUAAUUGGAUAGAAUCUGAAUGGAAUUAAAGCUAGUAAAGUUACCAUUGCAUUUCUACUUUAUUGAAGUUUUUUUAAAUUUACCGAUAAAUGUGAUAAUCACGAAAGAUAUAUCAUGUUUUUAUGUUCCUUUUCCUAGCUCUCCCAAAGGCAGAAAUCUCAAGUCUUUGUAGCUUGCAAUGGAAUUAGAUAAAAAAUAUUAUAAGCUUUUACACAUGUAUUGGCAGAUAAGUUUUUUAUAAUAAUACAGUAAUAACAGGAAAUAGUUACAAAACAUUCUAACUACAAUUUGGAAAAUCCAACAUGUAUUCUCCUAACUUGAAAGUAAAAAAUAGUUUGUAAACCCUUUACACCUUUAAAUUGGUCCUAUAAGUCGACCUUAUAACUUUUACCGUACAUUAAAACAUUCACUUUUUCUAUAGGGUGGUCCUGGCUUUUUUAAUCCUGUCAAAGGAAAGAUUGUAACCAAGGCUAAAGUAAAGCAAGAUAAGGAGUUAAGCAGGUAUUGUAAGUCUCUGCAAGAACCUUAUUUCACAGUAGAGGAGUGAAUGAGCAAGCAACGGAGGAAGAGGGGGAGGAAAGAAGUAUACUCAAGGGGGGGGGGGACACAUGAUGCAGGCUUCUGGAUAACAUAAUAGUAAUUACAUGUAUUGACAUAAAAAAAUAUGGUGGGAUCACUUCAAUGGGUAGUCAGAACUACAAAUUAAUAGUCCCUGGUUAAAGUAGUGGAAAAUUAAAUUACGGAGGAGGGAGAAGAGAUAAGAGAAUGGGGAGGUGAAUUGUGACGUCAUAUUACCAUGGUAGUAAAAUUUCUGGAUCACAACUAUAGGGAGUUUUUGCAAUGACAAAGGCGAACAGCAAAAUAAACAUAGGUUGAGAUAGGCAAAACAACAACUUUGCAUGUGCAUUAUGCUUUUUUUGUACAGUUCUUGGCGAUCGUUGCACGACUACAACAUGAACCUUCCUAAUUUCACGCGCCUGCUUUAUGGAGUAAGUGAACACAACAAAAAAAUUAUCUUUUUCUUUUUCUUAACUUAGAUAUGGUCGGAUUCAACCCAGAAAAUUUCCCAACAUUUGACUAAUUAAAUGAAAUUAAAUAAAAUCGAUGAAGUUGAAACAGCGGAAUCCACUAUUAAAGUGACAUUUUUUGAAAAAAUUUUGCCACCUUGGCAACAUGACAUAACGACUUCUCCCCUCUAUUUCUGGGAAUCAGUCAGGAAGGAAACAUUGGCCUGGUGAAGGAAGAGAUAAAAACUUCCUUACAAGUUGGCAGAUCAAAAUGAAGCAAAGAACAGAAUUCCAGCAGUAUUCAGGUUAAGAUGGUUUCCACCUAACCCGUAGUUUUCUUAAUUUCCCUGAUUUGUAAAGGAUUGUAUGCUUUAUCUCUCACAAUGUUAUGUAUUUUUUUAUCUGUCAUUUGUUGCAGUUUUUGGACUGGGCUGGGUGCCUGUAUGACCAAGUUAAAUCCGGAUGAAACAAAGAUCCACAUCAUUGGUAAUAAUGUAACUGGCAACAAGAAAGGAGAAAGUUUGUUGACGUUUCUCUCCAAGGCCAUGAGGCCAUCCAAAGUCAAAGUUGAGUCGCCACUGGAAUUAGGGCAAGCAGGUCAGUGACUUUGGUGAUGAUUGAUAGUUCUGUUAAGGAUGCCUGUCAACAAAACCCUAAAAUUCAUAUAAACUGCAAAACAUGACUGUUAUUGACGACAAUGUCCUACACUACUUACAAAUUAUGUACUGAAGAACAAGUUGGCACAAGCAAAAUUUUUCAGUUGGCUGUAAAGAUACAAAAUUGCCAAAAAUCGGAUAAAUAACUUG